AUGAAACAGUUUGAGGAGCUUGUUUUCAGAAUCCUGGACACAGAAAAACAUCAACCAGGCAAAGUAAAUCACAUUGAAGGGCUUUCAGAGAAUGAGUAUCAUCAGUGCCCCUCAGGUGGGGCUCUGCGGGAUGCUAUAGAGGCUUUCCAGGCAUACCAGCUGGAGCAUCCGCAGUGGUUUGAAGAUGAAUUACUGGAGACCCCAGAGCUGGAAGUUGAGGAGACCUCAGCUGAAAUCUACAUCCUCUUCAGAGUUCAUCCAUCUGUGUCACAAGCAUUGGCAGAAAACAAACCAGUGGUUGCCCUUGAGAGCACUAUUAUCACACAUGGCAUGCCCUAUCCACAUAAUCUGAGCACAGCGAAGGAAGUGGAAGCUGUUGUACGAGCUGAAGGAGCCACUCCAGCCACAGUGGGAGUGAUUGAGGGUGAAGUUCAUGUUGGUCUGUCAUCGGAGGAGCUUGACCACCUCGCCUGCUGCAAGAGCUCCCUGAAGGUGUCCCGUCGUGACCUGCCAUAUGUCAUCAGCAAAGCACUUUCAGGAGGAACAACAGUAUCAGCGACCAUGAUUGCAGCACAUAAAGCUGGCAUCCCUGUGUUUGUCACAGGGGGCAUUGGAGGAGUACACAGAAAUGGAGACAACAGUCUUGACAUUAGUGCAGAUCUGACAGAACUGGGCAGGACUCCCAUUGCCGUGGUCUGCGCUGGGGUCAAGUCUAUUUUGGACAUUGGUCGCACCCUCGAAUUUCUUGAAACGCUGGGUGUCUGUGUAGCCACUUAUGGAACGUCAAAUAAUUUUCCAGCCUUCUUUUCUCGUCAAAGCAGUUUCACUUCCCCGUAUCAAGUCGUCAACCCUGAGGAGGCUGCUGGACUCAUUGCAAGUAUUCUAUCACUGGGUCUUCGGAGUGGUGUCCUGAUAGCAGUUCCAGUCCCAGAGGAACAUGCAGCAGCAGGCCAGCAGAUAGAGGAAGCCAUACGUGCUGCAGUGACAGAGGCGAGUGCUAAAAGUAUCACUGGAAAAGAUGCGACACCAUUUAUUCUUCAGAAGGUCAAUGUGUUGACUAAAGGAAAGUCCCUUCAGGCCAACAUUGCUCUCAUUCACAACAAUGCUCGAGUUGGAAGUCAGAUAGCUUGUAAACUGUCAAAACAAAUGACUGAGAGAAAGUUAAGAAGUAAAACUCAUUAUCACGGAAAACUAUCAUCAAACUCAGAAUCAAAUAUUGUUGUUAUAGGAGGAAUAAAUGUGGAUUUUAUUGCUAAAGGGAAAAUGAAAACACUUCAUUUUGGGCAGACUAACCCAGGAAGUGUCUGUCAGUCAUUUGGUGGUGUAGGAAGAAAUAUCGCUGACUGUUUGAGUCGUCUAGGCCACAGACCUCUCUUUGUCUCUGCUACUGGAGCUGAUUCACACAGUGAUGCAGUGUUAAACUACUGUAAACAUAUGGACACAAGUAGUGUGGCGAGGCUAGAAGAGCAAAACACAGCUACUUACUGUGUUGUUAUCAACGAGAGCGGAGAAAUGAGUCUUGGGCUUGGUGACAUGGACAUUCAUCAGCAAAUCACAGAGCAUUAUGUAUCACAGUUUGAGAAGCAGCUUUCAUCAGCCACUCUUGUGUGUCUCGAUGGAAACGUCCCUGUCUCCACUAUUGACUAUGUGUGUUCUGUGGCCAAACAGCACAACAUCAAUGUUUGGUAUGAGCCAACAGAUUUAGACAAGGCUUGUAAGCCUUUCCUGUCAGAUGCCUGGAAGUCUCUGUCCUAUUCAUCCCCAAACCUGGCAGAAUUGUGCUCCAUGAACAAAACUCUGGGUAUCCCAACACCUGAAGUGCUGCCGAGCUCUCUGGAGGAGGUGCUGCAUGUUGCUGUGACUCUCUCACGCCCCCUCCUGGAGCAUAUUCACUGUCUGGUGGUGACUCUGGGGGCUAAAGGUGUGUUGGUGUGUGGAGAGCAUGUUGCAGGCUCUGUCAACCUGCAGCUCAGAAAACAGAAGAGGAGAGGACAGCUUUGUGCUCUACAUUACCCAGCACUGAAUGUGACCACAGAAGAGAUAAUGAAUGUAUCAGGAGCAGGAGACAGUCUUGCAGGUGCCUUGAUGGCUGGAAUUCUACAAGGGCGAGACACACACAGCUGUGUUCGGAUGGGACUCCUGGCUGCAAGAUUGUCCUUGGCAUCGCCGCACCCGAUCGCCCCUACACUCACCUUAGACUCUGUGGAUCCCAUCAAAGUCCAGACUCAGAACUGGUGCAAACCAACAUUCUUGUGGAUAGGUUAAAGGUUUAUUUUCAUUGUGAAACAACAAAAAUAUGUUAAGAAAUGUUUGGUUUGUUAUGCACUGGUUUGUUUCAUAGACUGAAUAUCUCAAUAUUGUCACAGUUUCACCCUUAAGAUUUGUAAUUGGAUACUUGUAAAACCAGUGUAUAACAUUGCAACUGAAUAAAUGAAUGUAA